GCUGUUUGUUUAAUUGAUAAAACAUUACUUACAGUCAAUACAGCCAAUAAGCUUUUUGUUUCAAAAAUAGUGAUAAACAUAAUAAUAUGAGGGUGAUAAGAAUCCCUAUUUAUUUAUCUUUUAGUGACUUUUGCUACACGGAACAGUAAUCCAGUCACUGCAAUGUACGAAGCAUCGAAAUCAUUUCUAGAACCAUGAGGAAUUACUCUGAUUCUAAUGACAACACGGCAAGAACGGUAAUAGUUAGCUUCGUAUUCGUCUCUUUACUUAAGGUCAGGGUUAAGAGGUAACUACUGGAUUAUCCUGAUGCCUACAGAAGAACUCACUAACUAUAGGCCCUAGAAGUGUGGGCUUCAUUACUGUGGCGACUGUCGUAUGAUAAAUGGAGAUAAGCUUUCUAGACCAUGAGACGAGGCCACGUUUUAGCUUUUCCUUGAUGCGGCCAGCUGAACAGUUCAGGAAACUGGUGCCUCAGAUAUUUUCUGAAAUGGAAGGGGUGUAGGUCCAACGAUAUUUGGGUUCGUGGUAGUUGUGGUUAGAUCCCACAUGCUAAUAGAAUGUGUUGUUUGAACAUACUUCUAGAAAAUAUCCACAACUGGUCACUUGACUAUAUUUUAGACUAUGAACAUCGUUUGGACGGAAGGUCACGAAAUCCGCAACGUGUGUAUACCCGAAAUGGGUGAGGCGGUGCCCCCCAGUGAGUAAAAAACUGGCUUCAAAAUCCACGACUUUGUUUUACUAAUUAUUUAAUUAGUAAUUUAAUAUUUUGUUUUAAGAAUGUUAAUAACAUCCAAGAACCUGUUAUCUUUCAAAUAAAAUUGAAUAUAACAUCUAGCUUAUCAGUACGAGACUACAAAAACUUUCCAGUAAUGAAACAUCAUUGUUAUCAUAGAUACGUGACUCACCCAACGCGAAAUAAGUUGAUAACAUUUAUGUUAGAGUAGGUUAGGUAUGUUUUUAUUCCAUCAAAACAAUCGACUUGCCGUAAUAUUUAUCGAAGAAUAGACAAACAAACGUACGUGCGUAAAUUAGUCACAUUUGAAUAAGAACGUUGGGUUUAUCAUGGACGACCUACGUGUCAAUAAACUGUUGACAUUGAAUACCGGAUUGAGAAACAUCCGGUCAAGAUGUUGUUGAUCGAAAACAAUUAUACUUGGUAUGCAUUUAUUACAAAAAGUUAUCUUUAAUAAAAUUGACCUAUGCUUUGAUAAAUCAGAGCAUUCUAGGCACGAAGCUAGUCUGUCGCUGGACGGGGAACACUAAACACUCAUAUCUGGGUUUCAGUUGUGUAGAUUUUAUUAAUACUAUUUUGUCUUGAAAUAAAAACGACAUGGAAAAUUUAGAUGCAAAUUACGUUGAGCUGUCGAGCAGAAUUUUUGUGCCCAAGGACUGGCCGGUUGGUGGAUUCAAGAAACUGCUAUUGUCAUUGGCUAAAAAAGUGAUUGAUAACGUUGUCACCGAUCAGAUGGUCGUUUUACAAGUAAACCGUGUGCCUACAAUACUGGUUCAAUACCAAGAUAAAAAUGGAACUUACUACGUCUUUGAAAAAGUCCGCGAUCAAGAACUAACGGACGCAUUCAUGAUUGAUGUGGUCAUUAAUAAAAAUAUCAUCAGGGGAAGAAAUUCUACGGGGGCUGGUACUUCAACUUCAGAGAAUGCUUCAGCGGAAAGAGGCGACGAAAAUUCCAAUAAUGAAGUAUCAUUCGAUGAUUAUGUUAUUUGUACAUAUGAAACUUACAACCGGACAGCGCAUUACGUAGUGCCGGCCACACAAGUAAUACAGACGAUGCGUCCUGAGAGAAAUAUCUCACGUGCGGCAUAUCAGCAUACGUCGGGCAAUGUUGAAAGGUGCUUAUUAUUUAGAAUAAUGAAAAUAAUUUAUUAAUAUCUUUUUAUAGUUUAUAUUUUCAAAGAUGUGUAAUUAGCAGAAAAAAUCAA